AUGGAGCCUGUUAGCGCGGUUGGUGUAGCAGCCGCUGCACUCCAGUUCCUAGAUUUCGGCUCGCGGCUUCUCUCAACGUCGCGUCAAAUUUAUCGGUCCCCGUCUGGACGAACUGCGAGACAGGUAACACUGUCCACCAUAACCAACGAUCUCGCACAUAUUCUCGCUCAUGUCGAGCAAGCCACUGCCAGUAUUACUCCCACUUCCUUGGCGUACCAUCAACUCGUUAGUCUGAGCACAGAAUGCAAGGACUUGAUUGCACCGCUGAACGACGCUCUGGCAGCGCUGGGAAAAGACGGAGACUCAGUCUUCAUGUAUGACGAGGGCAAGAGAGUAAAGGAGAAGAGUGUACUAAAAACGCUCCGUUCCGCUUUAGAAGCAAUCUGGAACCAAGCUGAGAUUGAAGAAACCAUUGCCAAGCUGAGGGAUAUGGAAAGGCGAGUGACGACAGCCGUAAUAUUUGCCAUCUGGGAUGGCACGAGACAGAGUGAAGAACGACAGAUCCAGUUCAGCCGGCAACUCGACGAAAUGACCACCCUUCUGCUGCCGACUGACCCGGAAAGUAUAGAAGCCGAUGAUGUUCUCCCAGGGGACCCGCAACCGUUAGCGACCGCCGUUCAACCUGAGAUUGUUACAACCGCCAUAUUCAACAGAGUGGUUGACACACUAAACGACAAGACAUUGCCGGAGUCUCUCGAAAUCUACAACGAACUGGUUGGAUGCUUAUGGAGCCGCAAGCAACUCCCUACGCCGCCCGAGUGGAUCAGCAGCAACUCAAGCCGGGUUUUUUUUGCAGAACCGGAGGCCAUGCGGAGGCUCUUCACAUUUACCAUACUCAAUAGUCUUGCGUUUGAAACAAUGGAAUUUCGCCAAGAGGCCAUUCCAGAAGCAUUUCAAAGGACUUUUACAUGGAUCUUCAAGGGCGGCGCCAACCUGCCCAGCUUCUCUGAGUGGCUCGAAACUGAAGUCAAGAAACCGUACUGGAUUACCGGAAAGCCUGGUUCUGGCAAGUCUACGCUGAUGAGCUAUAUUAUUCACCAUCAAUCCCUCCUCAAACAUCUCCAUGUGUGGGCACGAGGCCUCCCCCUUAUCAUCGCACGGUACUAUGCCUGGAUUUCCGGCGCACAUUUACAAAAGUCGCGCGAAGGCUUGAUGAGAACCAUUCUCCACCAGGUAUUGAGUGAGGAAAACUCUCUUAUACCUUGCGUAGCGCCAAGGCGCUGGGCGUUGUUCUCUACUCUUCGGGCCGCCGUCGAGGCACCGCCGUGGAGCACGUGGGAAGUACAAGAGUCGUUUGACGCUCUCCUUUCCGAAUGUGACAAGUCUUUUAGGCUCGCAGUUUUUAUCGACGGACUUGACGAAUUCGAUUUACUUCCAGUUGAUGUGAUUGAACUUAUCCAACACAUCAACGCCCGCGAUGGAAUCAAGAUUUGCGUCGCUGGCCGUCCAUGGAUGGAAUUCAAUGAUGCUUUCAGGGGCAAUCCUAUGCUCCUGAUGCAGGACCUCAACAUGGUGGACAUUACGCACAUUGUGAAGACCAAGCUAGAAGAAAAUAUUGGAUUUUCCGAGCUCCAAAACCUGUUUCCCACAGAGGCGGCGCACUUGAUCGACGAAGUGGCAAGAAAAUCAAACGGCGUCAUUCUCUGGGUUGGCCUGGUGGUCAAGUCACUCCUUGUUGCGCUAAGCGAAGGAGACGGACUGGCCGAGCUUCAAGUUAUCAUUGAUGGCCUACCGAGUCGUCUGUCCGAUCUUUACGAUGCCAUUUGGGCCAGUAUUAGCCCGACCAACGUCACGAAGUCGGCCGAGAUGCUUGCUAUUUUCGAAGCAUCGCAGCGUCCACUAGACUGUUUGACGCUUUGGAUCGCCGACGGAAAGUUGCCCCUGAGCUUUAACAUCUUAUCCACGCCGCUCAGUCAAAAAGGGAACCCAGGGGUCAUUGACAUCAUGAGGCGCCGACUAGAUAGUCGGACUCGAGGUAUCCUUGAGAUUAGCAGCUCCUCUGGUACCGUCGAUUUCCUCCAUCGGUCCGCAAGUGACUGGGCGUCCAAGCCGGAGGUUUGGGAGCGCAUUUCGCGCAGCAUCUGCCAUCGCUUUGACCCAAACUUAUCCCUUGCCAAAGCCGAGGCUCUCAAAGUGCCGCUAGCUACUUGGGAGGAGAUACGGAAUGGUGGUGACUCGGACCCCGUAAGAAGAUGCCUAUGGUACGCGUCUCAAGUUGUUGAUACGGGCGAAAACCGCAUCCUACUCACGCGAACUCUGGACAAGUUUGACGAAAAUGUCGCCAACAUGUGGACCGGGUUGAUCAGAGGGGAGCACUGGUCGUCUCGCAGCGAGGCGUGUACGAACACCUUUCUCGGGUUGGCGGCACGGUUCCACAUUCUGCCGUACCUGCGGGAGAAGCUGGCGUGGGACCCAAAAUUGAUCUCGAGGAAAACACCAAAGAAACGCAUCUCUUUGCUCGAGAACGCUGUGUUUGAUUCGCUUGGCUAUGUGAACGAAAGACGGGUUACCAUCGACGCAGAGCAGAGGUUAUCAACCAUUGCUUUCCUGCUCGAACACGGGGCCAACCCAAGGGAGAAGACGACAGAGGGUCUCAGCGUUCUCGAAACGGUACGAAAAAAGGCAGAGAUGCGUGGAGCUGCUGGGUCGGGUCCCGACGAGAAUUGGAUAAUGGGAAACUGGACGGAAGUCGAAACCAUGAUGCUGGCAGCAGGAGGGGAAGGUUCAAUUAAGAAACUAUUUGGCUUUUUCUCGCGGAGUUAG